CGUUAGCGUAAACUGUCAUCGUCAUCGAAACAAAUCGCAGCUCUCUGUUUUCUGUUUCUAGCGGAUGCAGAACGGAACACACAACGCACCGAAAGGAUGGACAAAGCUGACAGGAAAUCAUCGGCCCGUGCCUCGAUUAAGCUGGGCGAGCUAAACUACACACCGGUGCUGAUCGCCCUAGCCGUAGUACUUCUCACAAUCGUGGUUCUGUUCCUAUGGAAACGCAAGAAGACCGUACGAUCUGCGGUGCUGUUUACCGGGCUGUGCGAUUCGGGCAAAACGUACCUGUUUGCCCACCUGUGCCUCGGCGGUGCACGCGAAACGUUCACAUCGAUCAAGGAGAACGUCGGAUGCUUCAAGACGGAGAGGGGCCGCGUGCUGAAGAUGGUCGAUGUGCCCGGGAACGAGCGGCUGCGGGGCAAGUUCUUUGACGAGUACAAAAACAUUGCCAAGGCGAUCGUGUACAUGAUCGACAGUGUGACGGUACAGAAGGACAUCCGGGAUGUGGCCGACUUCCUGUACACCAUUCUAGUGGACAAAGCCACGUCCAAGGUUCCGGUGGUUGUGCUGUGCAACAAGCAGGACGAAACGCUCGCCAAAACAGAAACUGCCAUCAAAAGCAUGCUGGAAAAGGAAAUCAAUAUCGUCCGGCAGACCCGAAGAAGUCAACUGCAAUCCGUCGACAACAGCUCGUCCUCGGACACGUUCCUCGGCAAGUCGGCCAGCGUAGACUUUGAGUUCGAGCAGCUCGGACAGCGGGUACGCUUUGUGCCGUGCUCUGCGAUGGAGGAACAGUUUGCCGGACUGACCAAAUUCCUCGAUACACUGUGAGGAUGGCGGUGUGCUGUUCUCCGGCGGUAUUAUUGACUGUGUCCAGUUUUCUCAGCUAUUUUUUUAUGUGUUUCAAACUGUACGCAAUAAAAAUGUUUUAUCGUGUAACACCGCGAUGUUCACCGA